GGCUGGCUCUCCUUUCUGGCGCACGUUCUGUCGUGCUCCCGCUGCUACACGACGAUUUCUACGCGAGUCGCGAUAUACAGUGAUAAAAUUUACCAAAGCAGUGUUUUCAAUAAGGUAAAUCUUCCUGUGUGGUGAUCAAGAAUCUCUUAUUCCAGUUGAAGAAUCAUCAAGGCUUCUCUGACCGCCUGUUUCCUAUCGUAUCAGCAAGUUUCAAGAAUCAUUUCCAAUCCCUUGACGUGUCAAGGUACCUCCCCCUUAAAAAUGUAACAUCAAGCAUUGAUGGUGAUAGCUUGUGAUCAGUGUUGGACAGUCUUGAGUGUCAGUGCGUCUGAAAAGAAGAAAAUUUAAGAAAAUUUCUCUCAAAUCACAAUUAGAACAUUUUUGAAGAAUCAGUGUUGAACAGUGGAGGGGUUGCCUGCUUAUUGGGAGGACCUAGCCGUGCAGCAUAGUAUAAAUGCAGCUGCAACGGCCAGCAUUUUUAUGAAUUACGAUCUGGAUAAGCCCAGGAUGGUUUCGCACGUCAUUCCCGUUGCUGGGGAACUACAGCAAGGCAAUGGGAGUUUGGGAGUUGCAGGACUGGGAGGGAUGCAAGAGCCGUCCCACUCGUUGAAGAUCAAGCAGGAACCGUUCCAGGUGUCCCCGUCGUCGCCCCUUCCGCCUCUGCACCAAGUGAGCAGCUUCGUGUCAGAGAUGCAGAAUGGUUGCGUCGGUGUGUCAAAGGAUCUGGAUUCCUCGAUGAGUCUCGCAAGAGGGCUGACAUCACAUCACGCCUCCCUCGCUCACCAUCAUUCUCACCAUAAUUUGCACAGUCCGAAUUCUGCGGUGUCUAUGCAUUCUACAGGCUCCACUCAUCACCAUCUCGAUGAGAAAGGAUCAUCCCCGACUGGAGCUCUUCACAGUACCACCAACAGCAAUCCCUCGACACCGUCGACACCCUCAACGCCAACCACAGUGGCAGAUGGUUCUUCCGCGGCUACUGGAACCGGAAAUGGAAAUGGUAGCAACAAUGAUUCCGCCAGCAAGAAGCCUCCGUACAGUUACGUCGCCUUGAUUGCUAUGGCGAUUCAACACAGUGCCCAGAAGAGGGCAACCUUAAGCGAGAUUUAUGCUUACAUCACCACCAGGUUUCCAUAUUUCCAGAAGAACAAGAAGGGCUGGCAGAACUCUAUCAGGCAUAAUCUGUCCUUGAAUGAGUGUUUCGUGAAGGUGCCUCGUGACGGAGGCGGUGAGAGGAAAGGAAAUUUCUGGACACUUGAUCCACAGUACGCGGAUAUGUUUGAAAAUGGUAACUACAGAAGGCGUAGACGCAUGAAGCGACCAUACAGAAACGCACCGUAUCAUAAGCCAUUAUUUGGCGAUCCUUUUUCUCCAACGCACGUCCAUUUAGGUCCUAGAAAUUUAUUUGGCCACUCUCCGCCAUCUUAUGCUCCGUCUACGUAUACCAGAUACGACACCAGUGCUUGGAGUCUUCAACAGUCUCAGCUCUCCUACAGCCACUGUCAAUCAUUCCCGGUUUGCCUGCAGCUCCAGCCACAGUUACAACCAAUGCAGUCCAUGCAGAUACCAACGAUGAAUGGUUACAGUCAAUUAGGCACCUCAUUAACGUUUCAAGGCAAUUACUUGGAUGUUCCAGGUGGGACCACGAGUUCCCCAGGUUCUAUGGGUAGUGGUUCCUUUGGCAGUAGCUUCGCCAGGAGGCACGACGCCGCCAUGACCCAAGAAACCGUGCCUACCAGAUGCUAUUGGCCUGAAAUGGUAAAUGUGAAGGAAGAACCGGGAACCGUGGCAGUAUCUAGCACCAGCGUGGGUGGCAUGGGCGUCCCUUCAGGAAUGAUGGGAUCCACAACUCCAACAGGGGUUUCUACGACUGGAUUCGCGCCAAUGGAGUUCCAGUCUCGGUCCAAGUGCUUCAUGUGAAUCGAUUCACCGUUUGCAUCGUUGUCACAAGCUGAGAGUCUUAUCAGAAUCCCGAAGGAUCAUCGUGUGUCGCUUCAACGACGUUAAUUUGGCUGAUCUUCAUCCGGACGGAGCGGUAAGCGAGAAGAAUAGGAAUGUUAAAAGUGUGUUUCCCUUUACUGGAAAUCCUUGUGGGAUCCAUGGUGACGCUGAAGAGAAAUCAGAGUUGAUCAGAGUAGUGAUAAUUCCAAACAAGUGUGAAAGGUCUCUUCAACUCGAAACGAUAAACGUUGCGCCCCUGUCCUCGACUACGUUUUCGACUGCUGCACAGUAUUCGAUAUUUAAGCGAGAUGCCUCGUGAAUUGGUUUCUAUGAAAGAGGAAACGAAUUUGCGAGGGUCACUGAUCCAGGGUCAAUGAUUAACGCGUAGUUUAAGGCGCAUCCGUGAUACAAGAAGGCACUCGAGGAUGUUUUGUUUUAUAUACAUAUAUGAGUAACUAGGUCCAUGUAGAAGCAAAAGAUAAAUGUAUAUCUAAACACGUAGGUCGCAUAACGUAAUAGAAAAUGAAGAAAUAAAAAAAAAGCAGUUUCUCUGGAAGACUAUUCGUCGGUGUACAUAUCUAAGCGUACUAAGUAGCUUGAUUAACUAACUGUGAAUUAUUCCAACAAUUCUGGACACACGUGGCAGCUCCUGUAAUUAGAUGGAAAGUCAAAAAUAAAUCACUAUUAUUUAUCGUCUA